AGAUACUGGCAGUGGCCCUGGUAUUUAACCACCACACCCAUCUCACAACUCAUAGCUGGGACUCUGCUGUGCAUCAUUCUUACGCUGCUCACAAAGAAGGUCAAAGAUGGCUCUGGUAGCUGAAUUCCUAGGUCAAAUCACAUUUAACCUUGGGGCCAACGAGCCCACCUACCCCACUGUGGUUCCUGCACCCGACUUUGAUCCUGACAAAGAUGCUGCCAGAAUUGAGACCGCUAUCAAAACCAAAGGUGUGGAUGAACAGACUAUUAUUCAGGUCCUCACCAAACGGACGUAUGCCCAAAGGCGGGAAAUUGCCUUUGCGUAUGAGAGAAGAGCCAAGAAGGAUAUGAUUUCUGCCCUCAAAUCGGCACUGUCUGGCUCACUGGAGACAGUCAUUCUGGGUCUGAUGAAAAGCACUGCUCAGUAUGAUGCCUCUGAGAUCAAAGCCUCUAUUAAGGGUUUGGGGACAGAUGAGGAGAGCCUGAUUGAGAUCGUCUGCUCUCGGAGCAAUGCUGAACUGAUGGAGAUAAAGAAAGUCUACAGAGAACUGUUCAAGAAGGAAUUGGAAAAGGAUGUGGCUGGAGACACAUCAGGAGACUUUGCUAAACUGCUGCUGGCUCUAGUGGAGGCCAAGAGGGCUGAGCCCAGCAGUGUAGUUGACUAUGAAAAGAUUGAUGAAGAUGCCAGAGCACUGUAUGAAGCUGGAGUGAAGAGGAAAGGCACAGAUGUUAAAACCUGGAUCUCAAUCAUGACAGAGAGGAGUGUCCCUCAUCUGCAGAAAGUGUUCGACAGAUACAAGAGCUACAGCCCGUAUGACAUGCAGGAGAGCAUCAGGAAGGAAGUGAAAGGAGAUCUGGAGAAGUCUUUUCUUACAUUGGUCCAGUGCUUUGAAAACAAACAACUCUACUUCGCCAACAGACUCAGUGACGCCAUGAAGAGUAAAGGAGCGAAGGAGAAGGUGGUGACCAGGAUCAUGGUGUCUCGCUGUGAGGUGGACCUGAAGAAGAUCAGGUCUGAGUUCAAGGCCCAGUUUGGGAAGUCUCUGUACCAGACCAUCUUUGAGCACACUAAAGGAGACUACCAGGCGGCUCUGCUGAGUCUGUGUGGUGGAGAUGACUGAAGUGGACCGUAGGUCACUGUAGAAUUCCAGCAGCCACCAGGAUGCAGUUGAGCCUCAGUCAUGAAGGCCACGCCUCUGAUCUGUCAUAAAUAAACUGGACUCACAAACAGGAUUGUAUAAUGUCCUGUCAAGAUAUCCUGUAGAUAAUACAUCUCAACGUGCCAAUAUAACAUGUUUGAAGUAUUGACUUUUGAAUUUGAGUGGUCAGACCUAUGUCAUUAAGCUUAUAUGAAUUUUGGGACCAGUUUUAAUGCACAUAUCUAAAUUUUUACUUUAUAUACAAUGUUUUGCUACAUUAUUCUCAUCUUUAUCAUCAUCAUCAGCAGCUGCUGCUUCAUCUACAGCAGAUCUAGAAGGAGUGCAGCAUCUGUAAUAGUCCAGCAGAGAGCAGUAGAGCACCACAUGACUUUGUUUCUUCUUAUUCUGUUUUAAUUAGACUCAAGAAUCGCUCUGCUUGCUGCUAAGGCUUUACUUCACUUUUUUCCCCACUUUGCUUUGAUGUUUACAGCCUUUUUUUUUUAAAUAAAUAGUGUGAAAAUAUUUGAUCUCAAAUACGAUUUGCAUAUUUUAUCCCCUCAUUUCGAAAAGGAAUAAGAGCAAAAAAGUUUUCUUUUUUUUCAGAAAUGAGAAAACGUUUUCUUACUGCGCUCAUGAUGAAAUAUAAAUAUGCACUGCUUCCAUGUACAGCCAAAUAAAGGCUUUGAUUAGA